UGCAAAGAUCCGGAACACGUUGCCAAUGCCGCUACCAAAGGACUUGAGGCAGCUAUGGCGCUGAGAAGACUGAAGAUAAUAUCUCCACGGACAGCAAUGCAACUGUUUAGGGCUACAGUGGCUACAGUGGCGCCAGUGGCAGACUACGCAUCUAGUAUCUGGAUGCACGCCUGUGGAACAAGGGGAACACAAUAUUUAAAUAGAAUGCAGAAACAUGGAGCUAUUGCUGUCACAGGAGCCUUUCGGACAGUUGCAACUGCAGUGGCUGAAGCAGAAGCAGGGAUUCAACCUUUCCAUAAUCGACACAUGGAGAAAGCUACGAAACUGUGGAUCGACAUACAGACCUUACCCAAAUCGAACCCACUGAGGAAACUGAGAACCAUUACAACCCGAAGAAACUAUCCAGGCAUUCACAUUACCACU